AUGGCGAGUAUGCAGAAUACUCCUAAAACUAUGAAAGCUAUACUUUUACAUGAAUAUGGUGGUAAUUAUCGUUUUCAUGAUGAUACUCCUGUACCAUCAGAUUUAGAUGAUUAUGAUGUUUUAAUUGCUAUAAAAAGUGCUGGUUUUUGUCAUACAGAAAUGCUUGUACAUGAUGGAAUAAUAAAAGCAAAACAAUUACCUCUUAUACCAUCACAUGAACCAACUGGUGUUAUUGUUGCGAUGGGUACAAAAGUUAGUCAUGAAUUUAAACUUGGUGAUCGAGUUGGUGCACUAAAUUGUCAUCAUCAAUGCGGUCAAUGUUCUGAUUGUUUAAAUGAUAAACCAUUAUAUUGUGAUGACCGCAAUAGCACUGGUAUUACAAUUAAUGGUGCUUUUGCUGAAUAUCAAAAAGCUGAUUCACGUUGGCUUGUAUCAUUACCAGAUGAAAUAUCAUUUGAACAAGGCGCACCAUUAAUGUGUGCAGGUGCAACAGCUUUUAAUGCUAUUGAAAAAUGUGCUUUGAAAAAAGGGGAAAUUUUAGCAAUUAUUGGUCUUGGAGCAUUAGGACAUUUAGCUGUACAAUUUGCUAAAUGUAUGGGAUUCAAAGUUGUUGCUAUUGAUAAUCGUCAAGAACCAUUAGAACUUGUUCAAAAAUUAAAAUAUUCACCAGAUUUAACCAUUGAUUUGAGUAAAACAGAUAUAGAAAAUGCAAUUAAACAAAUUAAUUCACUUCAUCCACCAACAAAAUAUAAUUAUUCAGGUGCUGAUGCAACACUUGUUCUUACUGAACCUAUCUCAGCUUUUAAAUAUGCAUUAGCUAUUACAAAAAAACAUGGCACAAUGAUGGUUGUUGGAGCACCGCGAGAACCAAUACCAAUUGAAGUUUCUAAUUUAAUUCGUCGUGAUAUAACUGUUAAAGGAAGUCUUUUAGCAAGUAUUGAAAGUGCUCGACGUAUGGUAAAAUUUGUUGUUCAACAUGGAAUUAAAAGUGAAAUAAAAACUUAUUCAUUAGAAGAAGUACCAAAUAAAAUGUUGGAAGAUUUUCAUAGCCCAAAUAUGAAAGGAAAAUUAGUUGUUAAUAUCUCUUCAUAA